AAAUGAAUCAAAUUAAAUGCCAAGUGGGGCGCGACUUUCAAGUCCUAGAAUAUCCCACCCCACAGAAACACUAGCAAGUAAAACGCAUCACUCUCCUUAUCGCACUGCCUCCCAAAAUCAAAAUCCUCCUCUUCAACAUUUUCUUGCUUUUCAUAUCUCAAUUCAAUUCGAUAAACACCUAUGUCUGAAAGGCGAUUUCGCUUUGGUUACGUACUUGCAUCGAAGAAAGUUUCAAGCUUUAUUCAAGAUUCACUCAUCAAUCACGCUCAAGAAAAUGGUAUUGAUCUAAUUUCCAUCGAUCUUGACAAACCAUUAAUCGAACAAGGUCCUUAUGAUUGUCUUUUCCACAAGCUAUACGGUCCAGAAUGGAGGAAACAGUUAGAAGAAUUCGCCUUUCUGAACCCAACCACCAUUAUAGUAGAUCCAAUCGAUGCCAUUGAAAAGCUUCACAAUCGGCUCACAAUGCUCGAAGUCGUCAAAGGAUUGAAAAUUGACGGAGAUAACGAAACUAUAGGAAUCCCUAUUCAGAUUUUCGUUGAAGAAAAUUCGGAAUCCCUAUUGGACGCUAUCACUAGUCAAGGGUUACAUUUCCCAGUCAUUGCUAAGCCGUUGAUUGCGAACGGCACUGCCGAUUCUCAUCAAAUGUCUUUGGUUUUGAAGCCAGAAGGGUUAGAAGGGUUGAAACCCCCAAUUGUUUUACAGGAAUUUGUGAACCAUGGGGGAGUUAUUUUCAAGGUUUAUGUAGCUGGGGAGCAUGUGAAAUAUGUGAAAAGGAGGUCGUUGCCUGAUAUUCCGGAAGAUAAAUUGGGGACAUUAGAGAAUUUGAUAUCUUUUGCGCAGAUAUCUAAUUUAACUGCUCAAGAUCAGAAUGAUGAUAGUUUUGCUGAACUGAUUGAGAAGGCGGUGAUGCCUCCUUCGAAAUUUGUGACAGAUGUGGCUAAUCAGUUGAGGGAUGCUUUGAAGUUGCAUCUUUUUAACUUUGAUAUGAUAAGGGAUGAAAAAGUUGGAAAUCGAUAUCUUGUCAUUGAUAUCAAUUAUUUCCCUGGCUAUGCUAAAAUGCCAAACUAUGAGACUAUGAUGACUGCAUUUUUCCUAGAUAUUGCCCGCGAGAAGCUUAACAAUGAGUCUCAUUAGGCUUCUCAUGAUCAUUAUAGGCCAGUGUAGUGGUUCUACAUUUAGCUUUUUACUGUUUUAUUUCAAUGACAGGUAACAAAUUUUCCAGAAGAUGGGAACAGCUCACUGCUUUGCUGCAGAUGAUGCUGAAGUGUUUGAAAUAAUCCUGCUUGUUGAGGUAGAUGCGAAUCAAAAGAGGCUACCUGCUCUAAUCACUUAAAAUUGUUAGGUGAAGUCUACUGACUUCUGGUGCAAUUGAUGCUUCUCUUUCAUUCUCGUUUUUUCUUAAGUUUAGUAAUUGAGACGUGGAAUAAUUUGGAACCGGAUGAUAAUACUUCAAAGUUUCAACAUGUUCUGUUGAAUGGAGUUUUUAGUUUUGAGGAAUUGGUGUUUUCAAUACAUGCUUAAUAUUGAGAUUGCUUGA